AUGUCAAGAAACGUUUCUUUAACAUCUUUAGCCGGCUGUCUUUGUGGAUUAAUUUGCCUACUGGUGCAAACCGUGAACCAGAUUCACAGCUGGUUCUGGGCCAACGCUUGCGCCCAAGUGUGCCUGUUCACUCACUGCUGGCAGAGGUAUGGCGCAAUUCGUAAUGAGCCUUUUGGAGCACGUUGUCCAUUCUGCUUAGAAAUGCACAUCAGUGAUCCCCAUGGGCUUCCCACCGGCACGCCGCUAACUGUGCCCAUCCCCUCGGCCAGUUCGGCGGGGAUCGGACGCAGGAAACAUGAGCUCACGUGA